AUGUUGUCGCAUUGUUAUGGCAUUACUUCUUGCGCUACUUCUUGCACUACUUCUUGCACCACUUCCUCUACUUCUUCCUCUACUUCCCCUACCCCUUCCUCUACUUCCCCUACUCCUUCCUCUACUUCCUCUACUUCCUCUCCUUCCUCUACUUCCUCUACACUCCUCCCCACUUCCCUCUCGCUAUCGUUCAACGCUCUGAGCCGCUUUUUUUUAAUUUUUUUUCCAUUUUUCCCGCCUACCGUUCCCGAGCAAUUGCACCACCAUUACAAACACAUUGUUACUAAUCCUAUCGAGCCAGGGACAAUCUACGCCAACCUGCGUUUUUUUCCGUACCUGCUUCUCUCUCGCGCAUCGCGACGAACCCAAACCACCUUAGCCACACUACUUCAGUGCUGUAGUACUAAUUCUCACACUCCUUCAACACUCAUUCACAGUCCCUCGCUGCUUCGAGAGUUUCCGUGUUCUCACAAGCCCUCCUCUCCUCUCAGGGUCCUAUUUUGGCACUUUGCCAUUGGCCAUUCCCGGUCCCUGGGAACAUGUAGCAGUAGUAGUAGUAGUAGUAGCACUGGAGCACCACUUGCCAAGCUAAAAUCCCGCGCAUCUACACUGGACGCAGAUAAUGGGGCUUUAAGCGGGCCGAAGCGGGUCAAGAGGGUCUUAUCUUCCGUCUUUGCGCUAUUUUCGACUCCCGAACCCAGAAGCCUUUUUUUUUUUUCCCAAACAUUUUUGUUCUUGGCGCAAAGACCUGACUGCAGACCCUGA